AUGACCCACCGAUCUGUGUGGAGAGCAGAAAUAAAGGGGCACUGCUUAAGGCCGACAAGCACCGAUUGUUCCUGGUACUUUCAAUUCUGCAAUGAGGUGCCCGUGAAUCCCUGUGGCAUCGGGCACGCAUGCGAAGUCAAUACCAGUGGUUUGGAUCCACUCUCCAUAGGAACCUUCCAGAAAAUACUUCCUCUGGACCGCUCAAGCUUCGCAGUAAGGUUUGAAGAGCCCGUCCAAGGCAGCCUGGUCAACAUAACCAAAUGCAAGGAUAAGAAAAUCACGGUCAAUAUGAUAUUUCGUUGCGACGUGGAAAGGAACAUUGUCGUCGGGCCAGGAGCCGAGCUAACAAAGAUUAAUUACACUCCACUCAUCAUUUCUACAGACUGCGAGCGCAACCUCACAGUCCCAUUUUCGGGUGCCUGUACCCCAGAGGCGCCCACUGAUGGUCUCAGUGCUGGAUCCGUUUUACUAAUCCUGUUCUUCAUCGCUCUCCUGGUGUACCUGGUCGGCGGUAUCCUGAUCAACCACAACAACGGGGCCCGUGGCUGGGAGAUGGUGCCCCACCACCAGUUCUGGAGCGAGCUGCCUGGACUCUGCGUGGAUGGCUGUGUGUUUUUUGUCAAGUACAUCACCUGCCAAGGUGGCCCGGUGAACUACGGUUUGACUGGAGGAGGCGGGGGACCGAGGAGCUAUGACAACAUCUGAGCAUCUGCUCACUCCAUUUGAGAAGACAAAGGAAGGAAAUCAUUCAAACAGAUUGUCCGUGCACAGGUGUAGGGGGUGUCAGGUGAUACCAACUUGUGUUCCCCAGUGCGAUGAUGGUCAUGGUUGCGAGACGUCCAGUCCACACACCUCUGCAGGCUCACCCGUGAUAUUGUUUGUGCCUUGUUUUUUCAAUCCAAGCACCACGCACCAACUCAUCUCGCAGCGUACGUACGAAUUCACACACAAAUAUAGCGUGUGAACUGAGAAACCUUGUUCGAUGGCGCAAUGUGCAUGUUUAUAGAGUUCUUCGGCAUUGCAUGGAGCACUGGAAUAAUGUUACAUUAUUUAAUCAAAUAUAUUUUAGUGAAUCUCACCUAUGUGGCCCUGUGAAAUUAAGUGCCUUGCCACACGUAGAUUUCUUCUUUUUAAUACACAAGUAUUUGCGGUAGUAUACACAGUAGCAUUUUGUAUAAUUGCAUUUUUGAUAGACUCGUUUUUGUAAGCAUCCUCGUGAUGAAUUCAAGUUGUGCAAUACUGUUUGUUGUUGUUGUGUUUGCUUGUGCAUGCAUAUACUGUUUUUUUAUACAAUUGUUUUGGUGUGUGGUAACUGCAAUGCUUGGCUGCACGGGAUUCUCGGAAGACGGUCCAUCAAGUAACUCUGAUGCAGUCAAGCUGGUUCCUAGAUCUUGUCAAGCUGUGUGCCAUCCGGUGUAGUGUUAUUUGGUAGUGACAAGAAAUUAAAAAAAAUUGUUGCGUUACUUAAACUGCAAUUUUUUGUACAAAUCACCUUUUGGUGUUCCAUAGUUACAGCAUGGUGCGUCCAUGUCAAGUGAAUAACAGCGUGAGAAAAAUGAGCUAAUGCACAUUAUUUACAAGACAUUUAAAAAUAAAAGUUAAAUUUGUGAUUCU